AUGACACUACUUCUCUAAAUCCUCUCUGAUCAAAACCCCAGUUGCGCUCAUUUCCUCUGACCGCUUAUCUGGAGGCUUACAGAGAGGGUUCGGAGGGCAGCGCGUGAGUUUGUGCAGCGCAUCGUUCACGCGCUUGGCGUCGGUUCGGACCGGCACGCGGGCAGCACGCGGGCAGCUCUGGAAGAAGCGGCGGCUGUAGCAGCAGCAGCAAGAUGGCUCCGUGCUCGGCUCUCCUCUCCGCUCUGUUUCUCCUCCGUUUGCUGUCGGGUUUUCGAGCCCUGAGUGCCGGCGAUGAUCCCUCACAGGACACCGAGUGUAAGACGAAGAGCGUGACCGUGUCCGCGUUACCGUUUCUGCGGGAGAACGACCUGAGCAUCAUGCACAGCCCGUCGGCCUCCGAGCCCAAGCUGCUCUUCUCCGUGCGCAACGACUUCCCCGGUGAUGUCGCCGUGGUGGACGACCUGGAAAACACCGAGCUGCCCUUCUUCGUGCUCGAGAUUUCGGGGGGCACGGAGGACAUAGCCAUGGUACGCUGGAGGCAGCAGUGGCUGGAGAACGGGACCCUGCUGUUUUACAUCCACCACCAGGACGGCAGUCAGAGCGCCUCGGGCCAGGACACCACAGAGGACCCGGUUAACGACACAGCGGCCGAGGAGGAGCUGCGCAUCCUGCACAUUUCUGUGAUGGGCGGGAUGAUCGCCCUGCUGCUCUCCAUCCUGUGUCUGGUCCUGAUCCUGUACACCCGAAAGCGCUGGUGCAAGCGGCGCAGGGUGCCUCAGCCUCAGAAGAGCGCCAGCGCCGAGGCGGCCAACGAGAUCCACUACAUCCCGUCCGUGCUGCUGGGCGGCCAGGCACGAGAGAGCCUGAGGAACUCCCGCUGCCAGGGCGCCAACGCCAGCAGCACCCUGAGCAUCCGCGAGACGCCCAUCCUCGACGGCUACGAGUACGACAUCGGUGAGCUGCGCCAGCACCUGCAGCGCGAGUGCAUGAACGGCGGUGAGGAUUUCACCAGCCAGGUGACGCGGACACUCGACUCGCUGCACGGCUGCAACGAAAAGGCCAACAUGGACCUCACCCCCGGGAAUGACAAUACAAAACUGUCCCUGAUGAGCAAGUACAAGGAUAACAUCAUAGCCACCAGUCCUGUUGACAGCAAUCACCAGCAAAACACGCUCCUCCCACACACCACCUCCACCAGCCAGCGCAAGCGUCUGUCCAACAACACGCGCGCGGGUUCAGCCUUCCUGAACCCGGACGGGGAUUCCGGGCCCGAGACAGACGGCGAGCCACAGCUCACCUUCUACACCGACCCCAAUCGCAGCCGGCGCCGCAGCCGAGGUAUGAGAAAUGGCAACGCCAACCCAGCGUGGGGCUCCGGGGGCUCUCCGCGUAGCCCCAUCAACAAGACCACCCUGACUCUGAUCAGUGUGGCGAGCUGCGUGAUCGGCCUGGUGUACUCCUCUCACCUUUCAUGCGGCCUGAACGUACGGGUCGUCCUCCAUGUCCCCGAGCAUCUCAUCGCCGAUGGCUCCAGGUUUGUCCUGCUGCAGGGUAGCCAGCUGGAUGCUUCAGACUGGCUCAAUCCAGCCCAGGUGCUGCUCUACUACCAGCAGAACGCCAGCGGCCCGUGGCUCAGCGAGCUGUGCGGUCGCCGGCUGGUCGACCCCUGUGAACACCAGUGUGACCCUGAAACAGGUGAAUGCCUCUGUUUUGAUGGAUAUAUGAAGGACCCCGUUCACAAGCAUCUCUGCAUUCGAAACGAGUGGGGCCCGAAUCAAGGCCCUUGGCCCUACACCAUUUUCCAGCGAGGUUUUGACUUGGUGAUGGGGGAGCAGCCGUCUGAUCGCAUUUUCAGGUUCACAUACACUCUGGGGGAAGGCAUGUGGCUGCCGCUGAGCAAGAGCUUCGUCAUUCCUCCAGCCGAGCUGGCCAUCAACCCUUCUGCCAAGUGUAAGACGGAUAUGACCGUCAUGGAAGACGCUGUGGAUGUCAGAGAGGAGCUGAUGAUCUCCUCGUCCUUCGACAGUCUGGAAGUUCUGCUCGACUCUUUUGGCCCAGUGCGAGACUGUUCCAAGGAUAACGGUGGCUGCAGCCGCAACUUCCGCUGCAUCUCCGAUCGAAAGCUGGACUCUACUGGUUGUGUGUGCCCUCCCGGUCUGAGUCCGAUGAAAGAUGGCACGGGUUGCUAUGACCACCACAUUGGCAUUGACUGCUCUGACGGAUUUAACGGUGGCUGCGAGCAGCUGUGUCUACAGCAGCUGGCUCCCCUUGAGGAAGACCCCACCCUCUACAAUAUCCAGAUGUUCUGCGGGUGCAUCGAGGACUAUAAGCGUGGGGCGGAUGGUCGCACAUGUCUACCUCUGUCUGAAUCCUGCACUGAAGGAGUGGACUGUGGUGAGAAAGCCGACAUUCCAGCCAAUCAGACCGUCUUCGGAGACGUCUUCUAUGGCUACAACAACCGCACCAAAGAGAUCACAACCGGCCAGAUCCUUAAACCAACCUUCAGGCAGAAAAACAUCGCCCGCGGCAUAGAGCAGCAGCUUCCAGAUGGCAUGGUGGUGGCAUCGGUCCCCAGUGAGGCCCAGUGCUGUGAGGAGCUCUCCGACCCGGUUCCUGAUCCCGAGUACCUGACCGGUAUGGUGAACUACAGUGAAGUGUCCGGCUAUCCUCUAGUACAGCACUGGAAGCUCCGAUCUAUUUUGUAUCAUGUCAAGCUCAAUCAGUGGACCCUGUCUCAAGCUUUCAGUUCAGCUAUCCAUUCUCUGGACGGUGCCACACAGCGCACUGACUUUGUGUCCAUACUGAAGGAGUUUGGGAAUCACUUCAUCCAGGAGGCGGUGUACGGCUUCGAGGAGUCCUGCACCAUCUGGUACCCCAACAAGCAGGUGCAGCGCCAGCUGUGGCUCGAGUAUCAGGACAUCAGUAAAGGUAACUCUCCAUCGGAUGAGUCGGAGGAGAGGGAUAAGGAAGCACGUGCUCUCACCUACCCAGCCUAUAUCGCCAGCCUGCUGGACUCGGGUUCUAAGCGCCUGGCAGCGGGAGUGCGCAUGGACUGCAGCAGCCAGGGACAGUGCCCACCCUCAUGCCAUCUAUGCCAUAUGAGUCCUGGGACACCACGGCCCGCAGAGCCUGUACUGCUCCAGAUCACCAAGACAGCACCGAUCUACGAGCUGGUCAACAACAACGAAACCUACCAGGCUCUGCAGGAGGCCAUGAUGAGCAUGUUGUGGUGCUCGGGAAAAGGUGACGUCAUCGAUGACUGGUGCCGCUGUGAUUCAAAUGCCUUCGGUACCGACGGACUGCCGACUUGUGCGCCGCUUCCCCAGGCCAUGCUCAGACUCUCUCAGGCGUAUGAACCCAGCAACUCACUGGUCAUUGUGGAAUGGAAUCAUACAGAGCCACCAAUUGGAGUGCGCAUUGUUGAUUAUCUUAUCAGCCAGGAGAAAAUAACAGAGAGAACCGACCACACCAAAGUCGAGACAGAGACCAUGCUGAGCUUUGUGGAUGACAUCCUGUCAGGGGCUAAAUCUCCAUGUGUGAUGCUGGGAGAGAUCCCUGAUCCGCUCAACACCAUCUCCAUGAUCAUACGCUGCCUGGAGCCUGACACCACCUACAUGUUCAGACUUUGGGCCGUGGACAACACAGGCAGGCGUUCUAGUCCUAGUGAAGUCACAAUCAAGACACCCUGUCCAGCAGUGGAUGAUGUUAAAGCACAGGAAAUAGCAGACAAAAUCUACAACCUGUUCAAUGGCUACACAAGUGGGAAAGAGCAGCAGACAGCCUACAACACACUGAUGGACGUGGGCUCACCCACACUGCACCGUGUCCUCUACCACUACAACCAGCGCUAUGAGAGCUUUGGGGAGUUCACCUGGCGGUGUGAGGAUGAGCUCGGACCCAGGAAAGCGGGCCUGAUCCUGUCGCAGCUUGACGACCUUAGCGGCUGGUGUCGAGGGCUCCUCCAGGAGCCCAAGAUCGGCCUACGUAGAGUAUCGCUUAAAUUUCUGGCUUGUCGUUAUACCGACACCAAGGCGUUCAGUCUGAGUUGGAUGGAGCUCGGCCAGGAGCUGCGCAAGUCAUGUAAUGAACAAACGCUGCCCAUGAUGUACAAUGAUUACGGAGAACCUAAAGAACUUUAAUCAUCAUCCAGUUGUUGGGGACAUAUUUGAAACCUUCCUUCUGCAUUCGUUCACCAGUUUACCAGUUAAUUUGUCAUUGUUUAACAAACCU